AUGGCUUUGGCAGAUAGAAGACCUCUUGGAUUUCCAGUUACUUCAACUCCCGCAUCCCCGGCUUUCAACCCCAAGACAUUGAGCUUAAAUUCAUCGGCGUCGACAAGUUCAUCUGACAAUGAUAUGACUCAAGGCUUCAAGCUGUCAAUGGAUGAUUUGAAGGGGAAGCUUUCUGAGAGUGAUAUUAAGCCAUUGACCCCAGAGAAGAGUUUAAGCCCCGUUGAGUUGUCUCCUACCCUGAGAAGCAUUUCACCUGAUUCUUUGAUGAACUCAGACUCGUAUCGGAAAUUGAAUGCAACAACAAUUGCACCAUCUUCGACUACAUCCAUUACUUCGAACAGCUCAAGAGGCUCAUCUCCAUCAAUCAAUUCUUCUGGUUCAAAUGUUAAUGCUUUGAAAAAACCUAAGAAUACCAGUAGGGCACCCAUUGCAACAGGUAUUUCAACCACAAUUCCUGUUACAGGCGAGAAACCAAAACCUAGUCAAAAGGACGAUCCUUCUUUAGAGGACGAUGUUUUGUAUGCAAUUUUCGUGAUAUUAUACGAGAAAGAUCCUGAAGGAAGCGGAAUGACCGUCAAGCAAAUUUGUGAUAUCUUAGUUGAACAACAUCCAGACAUGGCUAAUUUGUCAACAAAAACAUCGAACCUUGUGAGUGCUAAAUUGAAUGCUUAUGUUAAAAGAGUCGAAAAGGGUGAUUCCAGUCUUAAAUAUGCUUUAUCUAGAGAUUGGGCUGAUGCAUCACCUAAAAGAAUGGUGUAUGUUUAUAGAGGACUUUUAACUGAGGAUUUCCAUUUACAUGUUAAAAAUGUCAUGGAAGUUCAGAAACAGCAACAUAAUCAGAUUGAGAGUCCUUCCUCAUCUAAAAUUGAUGAACCAAGUUCAUUAGAAGCUGACAAACAAGCUAACCUUUUGAAACCAAGAAGGCAAACAAUGUUUGAUUUAGGAGUUACAAAAAAUACCUUUUUAGAAAGUGCCUUAGAUAAAUCGAACUUGGUUGUCCCAUAUUUUUCAGCACCAGUAACAGCUUCAUUAACUGAAACCAAUAGUGAAUCUAAGAAGAUCACGUCUAAUAAUCAACAAGAAUCUGACUUAGAGUUUGAAGAAUUCGAGGUUUUUAAUGAUAUUGAAGAUGAUGACGAAGAAAAUGAUAUCAAUUUAGAUAUGAAUGAUAUGUACAUCGACUCAUUCAGGAAAAAUGGUAAGCGUUCUAAAUCUUUGUCUUAUUUGUCCUCAAAUAAGAAGCCGAAGAUUUUGACCGCUGCGGCGGCUGCCCCUAGGGCCCCAAGAACUCCUAGUUCGCAUAAUGCUAAUGCUGCUGCUGCUGCUGCUGCCUUGCAUGCAGCCGCUUUUAAAGCAAUUUCAGCACCAUCAUCGCAAUCAUCUGAGUCCUUAUUGAAGUCUAAUGCGAGCUCAUCAGUUAAUACAAAUGUGGGUUGCCCUUCUAAUAAAAAGUGGUUGAACGUUGUGAGAUCAGGAUUUUUAACUCAGGAUAUUGGUACCCCCGAGGAGAUUAGUUUAUCAGAUUUGGAUAAAUUUUUCACUUGA